AUGCUGUUUUUCAUUUUCCUGGCAAUCUACAUGACCACACUGUGCGUGAAUGUACUUCUGAUAGUUGCUGUGAGGACCGACAAACGUUUGCACACCUCAAUGUACACCUUCUUGUCUAGUUUGGCUUUCUUAGAGAUCUUCUACACUUCCACUGUUGUACCCAAGAUGCUGUCUAACUUUCUUUCUCUAAAAAAGAGUAUUUCAUUUGCUGGCUGUGUUACACAGUUUUUCUUUUUUCUGUUUUUGGGAGAAACAGAAUGCAUCCUUCUGACCCUGAUGUCCUAUGACCGUUAUGUUGCCAUCUGCAACCCUCUACACUACAAUAUGAUCAUGAACACAAUGGUUUGUAUGCAGAUGAUCAGCAUGGCAUGGUUGACUGGCUGCAUAAUUUCAUCUAUUGAUACAUAUUUUACAUUUAGCUUAACAUAUUGUGGCCCCAACACCAUCAACCAUUUUUUCUGUGAGACUCCUUCACUGAUGGAGCUUUCUUGCAGUGAUGUCUCAUCAGUCGAAAUCUUAAAAUGGUUGGCUCGACCAUCUUUCUUUUUAUCCCACUUUCACUAA